AUGAGUCAGGGUACAGGUACCGGAUAUGCGUACCGACAUUUAAUAGAUACAGCAACUACAGUUCAAGAAUCUAUCAUAAAGCUAUACCCUCAUAGAAGGUGUUCUAAUGGAACUGUAGAUGUUGUUGAAUUAAAUGACGAAUGUAAUGAGCUACAUGGUGUUCAUUCAGAUUUGAUAUCUUAUAUCACAUCUGAUUCAAAGAUCGACAUAUCAUGGAAUGUCACACUGGGAGCUGGUAAUGUUCAUGAUUAUGAAGUUGGAAUAGCAUCUGAAAAUUCAGAGUUUCCGGAUAUUAUGGAUUUCACGUCCUCGCAUCAUCAUCAGCAUAUACGUAUAUUCCAUCCUGAUAUAUUUGACGGGGAGCAGUUUUAUGUUUUAAUCAAAUCGAUAACUAAAUCAUCUGUCACUGACAUUAAGAUAAUUGGGCCAUUUAUUUAUGACUCUUCAAAGCCAGAUUACAGCGGGGAAAUCAGCCUUACAGUUGAGCAUACAAAGGUCGAAACGUAUCUGGUGGCAAAGUGGGAUGAAAAUACAUUUACCGACCACGGAGACCCUCAUGCUCUGCAAUAUGAAGCAGCUAUUGGUACAACAAGAAACGGAAAAGAUGUCAUUACAUUUAGCAAAAUAUUGACUGGUGGAAGUUGUAAUUCACUUACACCACCAAGUUGCGCAGCUUUUUCAACUCAUUCCCUUCCAUGGCACUUACAUGGUGAACUCGACUACUUUGUAACGAUAAAAGUAAGAGAUACGGCAGGUCACUUUGUGACAGCUUACUCAAAGCCGUACAGACACAACAACAUUCAAUUAGCAUCGAGAGGCAUUGUUCAUGACAUCGACGAAACAAUUGUUCAGUUUGUUGACAUUGAUGACAUAGACUAUCAGACAAGUACCUCUAAAUUAACAGCGAGAUGGUCAGGCUUUGAGCACCCACAUGAAGAUAUAAACUUUACUGUUUGUAUUUCUAACACUACUAUCAAAGACAUCGUAACAUGUGCAAAUAUCGAUUCUGGGAAUAGACAUACUUUUUAUGGUCUUAAUCUAAAACCAUAUCAGACAUAUUUCCAAAUUGUUAUAGCCGAAACCGAAGCAGGAAAUACUACAGCAGUAUCUGAUGGUAUUACAAUUGUUGAGGAAGGUGGGGAAAUAAAUGGGUUAAAAGUAUUUGAUGGUGCUCGAUGUAAUGAUUCUUUAGAAGGAGAUCUGAACCUUACUACAUCACAUCAUGAUGAGGACAAACGUUUGCCUUGUACUGAGGAUAAAGAAUUCCAGUCAUCAACAAAUGUUCUUCAAGCAUAUUGGACAAUACCAACAGAAAAACAACAUUUCCUGCAUGACAUACACUGGGCGAUAGAGGAGCGUGCUCCAGUUGCUAAUAUAUGGAGGCUCCAUACUGACUAUGAACCAUUGAAGGCAAGUUCGUCGUACAUGGAAGAAAGUGCAUUUUCACUCUCCCCUGGCCGAACAUAUAGACUAUCAUUGAAAUUCUGUGCAAGACAAUACUGUUUCAAACCUGUACAUAGUGACGGUGUUACUGUUGUUCCAAAUCCUCCAGUUACUGGGAAUAUGUCAGUUUUAUAUACUGCAAAUACAACAUCAAUUGAAGUCAGUAUGGACCCAUUCAGAGAUUCAGAUAUUGAAGAUCCUGCUAAUUCCAAAGAAGUCAUGGAUCAUUAUGAAUGGACCUUUGCAGAUGAAUCUGUGUUAGGUCGUCUACUGACAAAAUGGACAAGGCUAUCAUAUAAACCAUCCAAAGAUGAUAAUCAAAUUACUUUUAGCAUAGAUCUCAAAGAAGAAAUAACAUUCACUAAAUGUUGGAUUCUGAUAAUUCGAGGAUAUACUAAAGCUGGGUUGUCAGCUACAAAAUCAUCAGAAAUUAGAGACUGUAGUGACCUGCAACAAGUCAGACCGUCAAUAGUUAUAGACGCCGUUGGGGAACCUUUAUCAACAGAAAAUAAGCACAUUGGUAAAGAAAUUUUCUUGGAUGAAAAUGAUAUAUGGAAACAAUCAGAUAUAGAUUAUACCCCAUACAGUAAUAUGCUUAGUGCAGUAUGGCCGACAUUAAG